AUGGAUCAAAAGACAAAUGCAUUUCAGAUAAAAUACAAUGACUACAAGCAAACUCUAGAGACGCUUCAAGCCAAGAUAAUAGAGUUGGGACAUGACAAAGAUGAACAUGAUGUUGUUUUGUCGACUUUGAAGAAUACAGAUGAAAACAGGAAGUGUUAUAGAAUGAUAAACAGUGCUCUAGUGGAGACUGAUGUGAAGACUACCAUUCCGAUCCUAAGUACAAAAAGGGCCAAUCUAGAAGAAGCCAUUGAAAAGAUGAAGGCGGAACUAAUAAAAACUGCUGAGGAAUUCGAAAAAUGGAAGAAGGACAACAAGAUUCAAGUUGUUAAGCAAUAA